AUGUCUCAAAGUGUGCUUUAUUCGAACUUUAGAAUUAGAAGUUGGGUCCCUAGAGGCUUGGUGAAGGCCUUGGGGUUGAAUGUUGCAAUUGUCGACCCUUAUGCUGAAGAGGCAAAGGAACAGUUUGCUCUUGAUUUCCCAUUGAAGAAAUUGCCCGCUUUCCGCGGUCCUCGUGGUUUCAAGUUGACCGAACAGAUGGCUAUUAAUCAUUACUUGAUCAAUUCUUCCGAGAAUGAAAAGCUUAAGGCACAGUUGUUGGGAGCUCCAACUGAUAUUGAGACUCAGGCUGAGAUUUUGAGAUGGGAAUCCUUUGGUAACAGUGAUCUGAUUAUCUUCUUGGUCAAGGUCUUUCAACCAUUGGUUGUGGAGGAUGUUCCUUACGUCAAGAGAGAUGUCGAUGCCGCUUGGAAGACGCUAGACGUUAUCGUGGAUGUUUUCGACGCCAAAUUGAAGGAGUAUACUUACUUGGUCGGUGAACAUAUUACUUUGGCCGACUUAGUCUGUGCUGCUGCUUUCACCAGAGGGUUUAACUACGUUUUUGGUUCCGAAUGGAGAAAGCAACAUCCUGCCAUCGUCAGAUGGUUCAAUACCGUGAGAGCUUCUGACUGGAUCAAGGAUGAAUAUGCUGACUUCAAGUUUAUCGACGAGCCAGUGAAACCACCCCAGGCUACCAACAAGAAAAAGGAGAAGAAGAAGGAAACUCCAAAAGCUGCUCCAAAAGCUGCUGCCAAGAAGGAAGAACCAAAGGAAGAAGCCCCUACUGAGUCAAAGAAACCAAAACAUCCUUUGGAAUUACUAGGUAAGCCCACUUUUGUUCUUGACGAAUGGAAAAGAAAAUAUUCAAACGAAGAUACCAGACCAGUGGCAUUGCCAUGGUUUUGGGAACACUACAACCCAGAAGAAUACUCUAUCUGGAAGGUGGAUUACAAAUACAAUGAUGAAUUGACUUUGACCUUCAUGUCCAACAACUUGGUCGGUGGAUUUUUCAACAGACUCUCCGCCUCCACCAAGUACGUUUUCGGGUGUCUAGUGGUCUACGGUGAGAACAAUAACAACGGUAUCACUGGUGCCGUCUUGGUGAGAGGUCAAGAUCACGUUCCAGCCUUUGACGUUGCACCAGACUGGGAAUCCUACAAUUACAAGAAACUGGACCCCUCCAACCCACAGGAAAAAGAGUUCAUCGACGACAUGUGGGCCUGGGACAAGCCAUUGGUUGUCAAUGGCGAGACGAAAGAGAUUGUCGACGGUAAAGUGUUGAAAUAG